AUGGCGAGCCACCCUGGGAGGAAGUUGAGUGUGACCGAAAACCUCUUUGCUAGCGGCGCAGCGGUGGUUGGUGCUACCAUACUGACACACCCAAUCGACGUGGUCAAAGUUCAGCUUCAGAUGGCAGAGAAAAGUUGUGUGGGCGCCUUGUUUUCUGGACUUCAAGCUGCUUCGCUCCGUGCUGCCACCUAUGGCUCUGUGCGCAUCGGCCUUUGCGAGCCUUUACAAGAGAAAGCAGGGCGCUCCGGUGGCGCACUGCUGGCUGGCGUCUUGGCCACGGUGGUCGGGAAUCCUUUCGAGGUCUUGAAGGUGCGGCUCCAAGCGGAGCCAGGCCGAGGAGAGCUGCAAGUUCUUCGAGACAUGUUGAAGACUGAGGGCUGCCUGGUUUUGGCCAGUGGCUUUGGCUGGGCUGCCACCCGCUCGUCCUUGCUCACCCUUAGCCAGGUUGUGCCCUAUGCACAUGCCAAGACGGCGCUACAGCAAUGGUGUGGAUUUUCAGAAGGAGGUGCUCUCCAUGUUGCCGCAAGCUUGAUGGCAGGAUUAGUGACUACAACUGUCACUGCACCCGUGGAUGUUUUGAAGACGAAGGCAAUGAGUUCAGCCGAAUCGGAUGUAUCAGCAAUGCUUCGAGCACAUGGCCCUUUUGUCUUCUUCAAGGGUUGGCUAGCCAACUACGUCCGCCUGGGUCCACAAACCCUUUUCAUUUUUGUCUUUUACGAGCAAGCUCGACAUUUAGUGGAGUGCCGGAUGCAGUUCCGCAUGAGAUUCGAUGACAAUGCUAUGGCCCUUCCUGAGGGAAACCGACACAAGUGA